AUCUGUCUUUUUUUGGGGGCGGUGGGGGUUAAAUACCGUCAAAUGAAAGUGUCUGCUUUGGUGGGGGGGGUUAACCAUCCGGAACCGAUCGGCUCUGUCUGCGUGAAAUAGGGAAUGAACGACGAGACAGCACCGGACAGCUGGAAGAGAAACUCCGGGUGCUCCAGUAUUGAGCAAAUGCUGGCUGUGAAUCCCGGAAAGACGCCCAUCAGUCUGCUGCAGGAAUAUGGAACGCGGAUAGGCAAGACCCCAGUGUAUGACCUGCUGAAGGCCGAGGGACAGGCCCACCAGCCCAACUUCACGUUCCGCGUCUCCGUCGGAGAGAUCAGCUGCACCGGCCAAGGGCCCAGCAAGAAGGCAGCCAAGCACAAAGCAGCCGAGGCUGCUCUGAAGAUGCUCAAAGGAGGCCUUGGAGGUCCCGCCGGAGUUGGUGUUGGAGUAGACGGUUUUAUUGGGGUUGACGUGUCUACUGAUGGAGACGGCUCCCAGUCAGAGAUGAAGACCUCAGGCAGUUCUCAGCAGUCUGAAUGUAACCCUGUAGGAGCUCUGCAGGAAUUGGUGGUGCAGAAAGGAUGGCGUUUGCCAGAGUACACAGUCACCCAGGAGUCCGGUCCAGCACACCGCAAAGAAUUCACCAUGACAUGCAGAGUCGAGAGAUUUGUUGAAAUUGUCUCCUUCUCCGCUCUAGGAAGUGGAACCUCCAAAAAGCUAGCCAAGAGGAACGCUGCAGCUAAGAUGUUAUCGCGCAUACACGAUGUUCCAGUGGACCUGAGGACCAGCAAUGACGCUGACACAGAGGAUGACACAUUCAACAUGCACAUGGGGAGCAGAGCUGAGUCAGGCAAAAGUAAAGGCUUCAGCUGCACGUGGGACUCCUUGCGGAACUCUGCUGGAGAGAAGAUCCUCCAGCUCCGCAGCCACCCUCUGGGCAUGCCCUCCGACUCCAACUUCUGCUCUCUGCUGAGCGACCUGUCUGUGGAGCAGCGCUUUGACGUCAGUUACCUGGACCUAGAGGAGCGCAGUCUGAGCGGCCUUUGCCAGUGUCUAGUGGAGCUGUCCACGCAGCCAAUCACAGUGUGCCACGGCUUUGCUCCGAGCAUAGACGCUGCUCGAGCCAAUGCAGCCCACAAUGCACUGCAGUACCUCAAAAUCAUGGCUGGAGGGAAAUGAUCAAGUCAUCUGCCUCCUCACAGACUCAAACUCAUCACGCCAGGAUACAUUUCCACUUUGGAUGAAGGAGGCACUUUUGUGAUGAGUUCAAAUAACAUGAAUUACCUCAAAUUUGGAGAAGGAGACUUUUUCUGUCCCUAGAUGAACCCCUGGAGCCCUUUUUUUUUGUUGUUGUUGCGUCGAUUUCCUUUUUUUGCCAAAGAAGAUUUAGUUGCCCAAAACAUCUCAUACCCCUCUCCCAAGACAUUUUAUUUGAAAAUGCAUUUUCAAUAGUGUUUGUUUGCUCAGCAACCAUAUGCAGCACUGUAUGUUCCUCAAAUCUAAAGUUUAAGAAGUCUUUAUCUGAAAUUAUGAAUGGUGCUCUUGCUGUGAGUUCCCAAAUAACUGAAGACAAAUUUUGAUGCAACAAAAAGUGCAAAAGUUCAAAGGAGUUUGUAGAAAUUGGACUAUGGAAUCGCCAAUUAUUGGUGCUUUUGUUUAAUCCCCAUUCCCAUGGAUGAACGUAAGAAAAGAAUUUCCAGCCGUGUGCCGAAACGUGGAGAGAAAUGGACUCUGCUGAAUAAGAUAUAAGAGGAAAACAAUUUUAAAGACUGCCCUGUUUUCAGAUGAGCCUGAUGAAAUUGUAUUGAAAAUGUGGCUUUUGUUGUAUGUUCAUCUGAACCCUAAAAUCUCAAACUGUUAGUAUCUGUGAUGUAUUUAAUGUUCGGCCUUAAAGAUUUAAAUAUUUGAGAUUUUUCUUGUUUUAAAACUCAGUUUAAGAUUACAGUCAGUUGAAACUCACCCUGUUAUCUUUGUUUAACAUUAUGAACUUAAAUAAAGUUUAAAAGUAAUUGUGAAACUCUUAAGCGUAGUAGAAAUCCAGAGAAGAAUCAGUAGACUCAGAUGGCUGAAAUCAAUAUGAAUUGUCCUUAAUGUGUUUAAUUUUGCCCCUUUAGAGACUUCGUUGCUAGAGUUGGGCUUCUGUUGAUGCAACACGAUUAUGAGAACACUAAGAGAGUAUGAAAACACAGUGUGAGUCAUUUCUGUCUAUUUAAUUGUGAUGAUUAAAGAAAGAAAUUACAAAAAAACAUUACAAUUACAUUUAAAAUUGACUUACUGGUCCCAUUUACUCCUGAAUUUUAAAACAUUGUCAAGUGUAAUAAUCACAGCUUGAAAAUUAUAAUUUUUUUCUAUUGCUCUUCUUUUAGCACUCAGAAGCUCUAGGAAUGCAUUUCAGAGUAAAACAGACACAAAGUUUGUGAUUAGCGGGAAAAGUACUGUGAGUCUUCUGAUAAAGCAUUGUUCUCCUUAUAAUAACAUAUUAACAAUAAUGUUAAAACCCACCUUUGACUUUUUAAUAUCAUAGACCAGACAAGCAAAGCUGCCACAUAUUUUAUGUGGCGUUUCAAUGUUAUCAAUAUUCCCAAUAUUGUUUUGUUUAUAAUGUUGUUUAUAUUUUUUGUCUAUGAUUCCUGUAAUUGAUGACGUUGAUUCUCCAGAUUAUAUCCUCCAACUAUC